AUGGGGACUGACGUCGACAUAGAACCAGUUGCACCGCCAGUCGUCCCAAUUGCUCCGCAGCACUUGAGGAAUGUGCAGGUUACAACAAUGGAUGGUUUUUUGGAAUUGAUGAGUGAGCAAAAUAUUGAAGACAAUAGACCAUAUUGGGAUGAUAGUCAAUUUGUAAGCCCGCCUGAGGAGCAACAACUGUCACAUGUAGAAGCUGGUGCAUCCCAAAAAGCAAAAAAGGCCAGAUCAAAAAAUUUCAGUGUAAAAGAAGAUAACAUAUUGGUGUCGACAUGGCUAGAAGUUAGUUUGGAUGCUAUACAAGGGAAUGAACAAUCCCAUGCUACGUAUUGGCAAAGAAUUAUUGAUUAUUUUCACGAGCACAAGGACUUUGCAUCUGAUCGUAAUUCCAAUUCUCUCCAGCACCGUUGGUCUGUCAUACUAGAAGGUGUUAACCGGUUUUAUGGAUGUUAUGUCCAGAUUCAAAACAAGAGGCAAAGCGGGGUGACAGAACAAGAUAAGGUAAUGCAUGCAUGUGAAUUGUAUAAGUCAAAAGAUCCGAAUGGCAGAUCGUUCGGAUUGUUGCAUUGUUGGAAUAUCUUGCAACACGAGCAAAAGUGGAAGGAUACGUGUAUCCAGAAAAAACAGAAAACAUCCACCACUGGAAGUCCGUCGUCCACUCCUGAGACCAACGAGAGUCAUCUAGGGGAUGAUGGGGAGGAUCAUACUUCAGAGCCCGUGGUUAGGCCAGGAGGUAGGAAGGCGGAGAAAGAGCGACAGCGGCGAGGUAAAAAUCUUGUCUCUCCUGGAGAUAAUCUUUACAUGGAAGCAUUGGAAAAUAUGUGGGCUAAGAAGAAAGAGGCAGAAGCCUUGAAAGAGGUUGCAAAAAAAGAGCGCUAUGAUGAAAGACUUGCACUUGAGAAGAAAAGGAUUGAACUGAAGGAACAAGAUAUUGAGUUAAGGAGAAGGAUUGAAGAUGAUAAGGUGAUGAAUAUGGAUCUUACUGGUAUGAGUGAGCGACAACGACAAUACUAUACGAGCUUGCAGGAUGAGAUCAUCGCUCGGCGGUUUGGCAUAGGCUCAGGUUGA